AGUUGAAGAUAAGGAUCACUUCUAGGUAUGAUAGAUUCUUGUGCUUGAUUUGAUGAGUAUCUUGUGCUUCUGCUUGCCUUGAUGAGUAUUUCUUCAAUCCCAUGACGCUUAGGUGGUAUGAACGACGAUCAAUCUACUCUCAUCUUGUAGUCUAAUCCUGCGCGGAUGGAAAAGAAGAUGCUUUGGCGACGACGGUUUUGUCAAGGAGAAACAAGAAACGUCAAUUUACCAACGAUUUUCUCGAUGAUGGACGCAGGGAGUAAGACGAAGGUCAUUCUUGUGGUCACUGUCUAACCUUUUGUCCUUUCUGUUCCUGUUCGCUUCUCAGGACCUAUGCCAAGCAGAGGUAAAAGUUGUACAUUCUGAUUGAACAAUUCACUCUUGACGACAGAACAUGGGGAAACUUGCGAGAUUUCAAUGCCAUCAAAUAAUCCCUUCAAGUGGGAAGCAACAUGAUUUUUUUACCACGACUUUUUAAGACACUUACAAUCAAAGAAAAAUGCGCCUGCCGUAUGGCGGGAAACGAUGUGACCAAUGAU